AUGGCUGCUGUUUUAUGUCUCUCUCCGUCGGUGACUCACGUUGAAGCUUUUGCUGGUGAUCGACAAACCGGCGACCAAUCCCGGAGGAGUUUCGUCGGCGUUCAAGGCGACCGCUGGUGGCGAAGGCAGUCCAUCGAAGUGGUCAGCAGACAGAGACCAGUGAUGCCUUCUUCUUCUAAAGUGUUGAGGAGUUGGAGAGGGAAGAGGCAGACGAGACUCCUACGAUCUCUCCUUGCCGGCGACUACCAGAGAGAGGUGGACGACCAUCAUCAAACGCUGUCGUAUAAACAAUUCUAUACAUAG